UGAUUAAGCGAGAAGUGAUCAACAUGAAAACGUUUGUGACGCUGUGCCUUCUGGCGGCGCUAGUGGCGGUGGUGACCUGCCGACCUGAACAGCAGGCAGCCGCCGAGUUUACACCGGAUGCUGACCAGCCUGUGGCCGAAGCUGGAGACCUGCAGGGCGCUGAAACUGGCAUUUUUGGCCGACUUCUCACGGGACUCAUCGGAGGAGGCGGUCUUGGCCGUGGACUCGGACUCGGAGGACUCGGCGGAGGAUACGGAUACCCGUACGGAGGCGGGCUGGGAUACGGACGGGGCGUGGGACUCGGAUACGGACCCGGACUUGGCUAUGGACUCGGCCUCGGACGUUAAUUUCGGCAUAGUUUGUUCAGUUGUGUGCAUUUCUUAGAGUGUACUCAGUGCUUUAUCAUGUACUAUGUAGACGCCCAAUAGAGGGUUUUUUGAUUGACGAUGACUUCGAAACAUAUUGCCUGAGAUGAAGAAUUGCGAGCUUGUUGUGUUUGCCGGAAGUUAUCAAAUUUCGUGCAUUGUUUAAACAAAAUAAAUUGUGGUGAAAUG